ACCUUAACUCCUCCUACCUGCCCAGCCUCCAUCUCAGGUGAAGCUCUGACUGCAGGUAAACUGGUUCUACUGGUUCUCCUUUUCUGCCUCCAUCUCAGAGUCUGUUUUCUUCAGACCGUCGUCUGUUCUCUGCUUCGCCUAAAGACGCCCUGCAGGUGUGUGAGCUGAUGUGAAGUGAGCAGCAUGGAUCAGUGUGAGGACAGAGAGGACAGAGUCCCUCCCUCUAAAACCACUCUGUGUGGAGAACAUGAGGACCAGAGCAAAGUUCAGAGGAAACAACCAGAACCAGAACCUGGACCAGAACCCAGCUGUGUGUCUUUAAAGAGCAACUGGUCAAAGGAUGAAGUCCUUGAUUUUAAAUCAGACCAACUUCCAUCAGGAAACAGAGUGAACCAGCAGAACUCAGAGGUUCCCAGUGCUCCAUCUGCCCAGCAGCAUCAAACCCAGCUGGACUCCAUAUUUAUGCUGCUGGAGGAAAACAUUGUUAGUUUUGUGAAGAAGGAGCUGAAGAAGAUCCAGAAGCUUCUGAGUCCAGAUGAUCCAGAAGCUCAAAGGGAGGAUGAGGAGGUGUUGGAAGGAGAGGAUGAAGAGCAGAGGAGGAGCAGAGAGGCUUUGGUGAAGAUCACCCUGACCUUCCUGAGGAGGAUGAAGCAGGAGGAGCUGGCUGAUCGUCUGCAGAGCAAGCUUUUUGCUUCAGUUUGUCAACAUAACCUUAAAUCCAGUCUGAAGCAGAGGUUCCAGUCUGUGUUUGAGGGGAUCGCUAAAGCAGGAAGUCCAACCCUUCUGAACCAGAUCUACACAGAGCUCUACAUCACAGAGGGGGGGACUGGGGGGGUCAAUGAUGAACAUGAGGUCAGACAGAUUGAAACAGCAUCCAGGAAACCAACCAGACCAGAAACAACAAUCAGACAAGAAGACAUCUUUGAAGUCCCACCUGGAAGAGAUCAGCCAAUCAGAACAGUGAUGACAAAGGGAGUGGCUGGCAUUGGGAAAACAGUCUUAACACAGAAGUUCACUCUGGACUGGGCUGAAGGCAAAGCCCACCAGAACAUCCAGUUCAUAUUUCCAUUCACCUUCAGAGAGCUGAAUGUGCUGAAAGAGAAAAAGUUCAGCUUGGUGGAACUUGUUCAUCACUUCUUCACUGAAACCAAAGGAAUCUGCAGCUUUGAUCACUUCCAGGUUCUGUUCAUCUUUGAUGGUCUGGAUGAGAGUCGACUUCCUCUGGACUUCCACAACAAGGAGAUCCUGACUGAUGUUACAGAGUCCACCUCAGUGGAUGCUCUGCUGACAAACCUCAUCAGGGGGAAACUGCUUCCCUCUGCUCUCCUCUGGAUAACCACACGACCUGCAGCAGCCAAUCAGAUCCCUCCUCAGUGUGUUGGCAUGGUGACAGAGGUCAGAGGGUUCAAUGACCCACAGAAGGAGGAGUACUUCAGGAAGAGAUUCAGAGAUAAGAAGCAGGCCAGCAGGAUCAUCUCCCACAUCAAUAGAUCUAGAAGCAUCCAGAUAAUGUGCCACGUUCCAGUCUUCUGCUGGAUCACUGCUACGGUUCUGGAGGAUGUGUUGGAGACCAGAGAGGGAGGAGAGAUGCCCAACACCCUGACUGAGAUGUACAUCCACUUCCUGGUGGUUCAGACCAAAGUGAAGAAGGUCAAGUAUGAUGGAGGAGCUGAGACAGAUCCUCACUGGAGUCCAGAGAGCAGGAAGAUGAUUGAGUCUCUGGGAAAACUGGCUUUCAAUCAGCUGCAGAAAGGAAACCUGAUCUUCUAUGAAUCAGACCUGACAGAGUGUGGCAUCGAUAUCAGAGUAGCCUCAGUUUACUCUGGAGUGUUCACACAGAUCUUUAAAGAGGAGAGAGGGCUGUACCAGAACCAGGACAAGGUGUUCUGCUUCGUCCAUCUGAGUGUUCAGGAGUUUCUGGCUGCUCUUCAUGUCCAUCAGACCUUCAUCACCUAUAAAAUCAACCUUAUGGAAGAAGAACAAAAAAAGACUUCCUUUUUACCUAAAUUAUCUAAGAAAGUGAAACUAAGAAGUCUCCAUCAGAGUGCUGUGGACAAGGCCUUACAGAGUCCAAAUGGACACCUGGACUUGUUCCUCCGCUUCCUCCUGGGUCUUUCACUGCAGACCAAUCAGACUCUCCUACAAGGUCUGAUGACAAAGACAGGAAGUAGCUCACUGACCAAUCAGGAAACAGUUCAGUACAUCAAGAAGAAGAUCAUUGAGAAUCUGUCUGCAGAGAAAAGCAUCAACCUGUUCCACUGUCUGAAUGAACUGAAUGAUCGUUCUCUGGUCCAGGAGAUCCAACAGGCUCUGAGAUCAGGAAGUCUCUCCACAGAUAAACUGUCUCCUGCUCAGUGGUCAGCUCUGGCCUUCAUCUUAGUGACGUCAGGAGAAGAUCUGGAUGAGUUUGACCUGAAGAAAUACUCUGCUUCAGAGGAGGUUCUUCUCAGGUUGCUGCCAGUGGUCAAAGCUUCAAACAAAGCUCUACUGAAUGCCUGUAACCUCUCAGAGAGAAGCUGUGAAGGUCUGGCCUCAGUUCUCAGCUCCCAGUCCUCUAAUCUGAGAGAGAUGGAUCUGAGUAACAACGACCUGAAGGAUUCUGGAGUGGAGCUGCUGUCUUCUGGACUGAAGAGUCCAAACUGCAAACUGGAAAUUCUCAGACUGAAUGCCUGUAACCUCUCAGAGAGAAGCUGUGAAGUUCUGGCCUCAGUUCUCAGCUCCCAGUCCUCUAAUCUGAGAGAGAUGGAUCUGAGUAACAACAACCUGAAGGAUUCUGGAGUGGAGCUGCUGUCUUCUGGACUGAAGAGUCCAAACUGCAAACUGGAAAUUCUCAGAUUAAAUCGCUGCAGUCUCUCAGAGAUCAGCUGUGCUUCUCUGGGCUCAGCUCUGAAGUCCAACCCCUCCCAUCUGACAGAACUGGACCUGAGCGACAACGUCCUGGAAGAUGAUGGAGUGAAGCAGCUCUGUGGUUUUCUCCAGUCUCCCCUCUGCAAACUACAGAAAUUGAGACUUGGUGGCUUUUCACUCAAUGAGGCUGACUGUGAAAUUGUGGCCUCAGCUCUGAAGUCCAACCUUCAUCUGACUGAAGUGAUAAUAGAUGAGAUCAGAGGAGGGAAAACCUUUGGAGACUCUGGAAUGAAGCAUCUGUGUGAGAUACUGGAGAGUUCAAUCUGCAAAGUGAAGAAACUUAGAUUGAAUUACUGCAGUCUCUCAGAGAUCAGCUGUGCUUCUCUGGGCUCAGCUCUGAAGUCCAACCCCUCCCAUCUGACAGAACUGGACCUGAGCGACAACGACCUGAAAGAUGAUGGAGUGAAGCAGCUCUGUGGUUUUCUCCAGUCUCCCCUCUGCAAACUACAGACAUUGAGGUUGUGGCGCUGUGAUUUGUCAAAGAUCAGCUGUGAUUCUCUGGUCUCAGCUCUGAAGUCAAACCCCUCCCAUCUGACAGUACUGAACCUGGGGAGAAACAACCUGAAGGAGUCAGAUGUUCAGCAGCUGCUGGAUCUUGUAAAGAGUCCAGACUACAAACUGCAGAAUCUGUAAGUAGAUGGUUGGAGUGAGUCCAGCUGCUGUCAGCAGGAUUGUUCUAAACCCAGUUAGUAUCAAAGCAAAGAUCCAGUGUUUCCAGUAAAGCUGCAGCUUCUCAGUGGGAGGAGAAUGGUGACAGGCUUCCUGAUUGGACACAGAGACACCAAUCAGCCAAUCAGAGGAGCCAGAAGCUGGUUGUGUUCCUGUGUUUGUGUUGAUGUGAAGACGACUGUUGUUGUUGUGUUCAUGUCUCCAGGAAAUGAAGCUGGAUUCCAGCUGCCAGCCUUCCAACAUGUCUAGAGACAGUGGUCCUCAUCCAUCAAACUGUGGGAGCAUCAGAUCUGAUCUCAGACUCUUUGUUCUCUCAUUUCAACAGGAAACAACUGAUCAGUUUCAUCUUAGCCACAGCUCUGAGAUCAGUCUGAAUGCAGCCUGGAAAUCAGUGGCUCUGAUUUCACAAACCAUCAUUCCAUUUAGUCACCAUGUGGUCUUUCUACAGAGCAGAAGCUCUGCUGAAGUCCACUCAGCACAUCUGGACAUGUGUCCUUCUGUCAUUAGUCUCAUCCAGAUGUGUUCAGGGACAGCCUCCAUGUUUCUUAGUCAGCUGAUAUUUCAGAAACAGAUGAGAUGUUGAUCAGCAGCCAGAGUUUCUGUGUCUAAAUGGAGCAGCAGCUAACAUGUAGCAGCACUAAAUCCAUCACUACAGUGUUUGUGCAGCAAUGAAGCCUUCAGGACUCUCAGCAGGUGGUUUCCACUGUGGACUGGAGGGAAACCUGCAGAGGAACCAGACUGGAUGCUAAAAAUGUGUUGAGCUGUGUGAGCUUGGAGCUCAGUGUGUUCACUCCAACACGUUAAGAUGAGAGCUGAAAGGAAGCUGGCUCUGCUCCACAGCUGCUCUGAACAGGACUGAAGUCCCUGCUGCUCUUUAUCCUGGAUGUGCUGCAUCACUGACUGACAGCUGAUGGAGAGAGAGAGGCUGGAAACACUCACUGAUCUCCUCUCUUCAUCCUUCUUCUCUCUGCAGGGAGUGGCGGGAUUGGUGAUCUUAGUGGAGGAGAGAAGCUGAUCUGUGUCCUGAUGAUCCUCAGAGGUUGAAGCUGCAGCAGUUUGAGUUUAAAGAGACUCUGACUGGAUCCUGAUGAUGAACUCUGAGUUUAGAGAUUUGUUUGUUUUCACUCCUUUUUCACUCAUUUUUUCUCUGUUUUCAUCGUCUCCAUUGGUCCUUGGACAGGGAUUCUGUUUAGGAGACCGUUUGGAAGCAAAGAUGUUAGAGCUGAGCUUGGAAAUGUUUGUUUUCUCACUUCCAAUGUUUUAAUGACUCAAUAACCAUUGUAGUGUCUAAUUCAACAUGUUCUGAUAUUUCAUGUUGUUUUCCACUGUUAAUUAUUCUGAACCAGUUUAAAGACAGCAAAGAUAGAAUAUUUCAUCCAAUAUUUUCCUCUACUAGUUACUAUCCUGGUCCUGGAGGGUAGCAGCUGGUCUGGAUCAGUGAUCAUCUGGACAAUCGUCUAGUUUCCAGUCUGGUGUGAAGCUCAGAAAUUGCUCAUUAUUCCAUGUUAAAGUGUUGAAGUUUGAAUGUGCCUGCGUGGUUCUCUCAGGGUACUCCAGCUUCCUCCCACAGUCCAACUAAUGACUGUUAGGCUGUUUGCUGUUUCUAAGUUGCCCUUAGGUGUGAGUGUGUGUGUGCAUGGUUGUGUGUCUCUGUGUUGCUCUGCGAUGGACGACCUGUCCAGGAUGGAUGGAUCCUAUUAAAUGGAUCUAAAAAAACUGCAAAUAAGAAAGAAAACCUCAUAAAAAUACUUCUUGAACCAUUUAAGCUCAUUUUAUUCUAACCUGUAACAAUGUUCAGCUCUUUGCUACCAAGUGUUUUGUUCCUCAACAGCCUGAAAAAUGCAUGUCUAAUUUAGAAAACAUAUUGAUUAAAAAGCUGAAUGGAAAACACUU